CCACGAGAAACCCUUUCGUCGUCAACCUCUGGCCAACUUCACGGAAAAGCAUUCCCCCCCUCCUCUCUACAAAUUCAAUGCCCUUCCCCUUCCACCGAGAUCUCAACUCACCGCUGCGUUGCUCGCUCAUCAAACAUGGCGAGCCCCACGACCACGCCCUCGUCCUCCCUCAUCUUCCUCGUCCUCCUCGCACACGCCGCGCCCCUCGCCGUCGCCAUGCUCGACCCCGUCGACUUCCUAUCCCUCCAGGCCAUCCGCAAGUCCCUCCACGACACCCCCGGCUCCAACUUCUUCGCCUCCUGGGACUUCACCUCCGAUCCCUGCGGCUUCCCUGGCGUCCUCUGCGACUCCUCCUCCUCGAGCCGUGUCGUCUCCCUCUCCCUUGGCGACCCCCGCGCCUCCGCCCCCGGCCUCACCGGCCGCCUCGACCCGGCCCUCGGCAACCUCUCCUCUCUCGCUGAGCUCGCCGUCGUCCCCGGCCGCAUCUUCGGGCGGAUCCCUCAGUCCCUCUACCGGCUCAGGAACCUCCGCUUCCUUGCCGUCGGCCACAACUUCCUCUCCGGUGAGAUCCCUGCUGACCUCGGGCUGCUCCGGAACCUCCGCACGCUCGACCUGAGCUACAACCGGCUCACCGGCCUGGUCCCAAGGGCGGUCGGGUCGUUGCCGUCGCUGUCCAACCUCGUCCUCUGCCACAACCAGCUCUCCGGCCCGGUCCCUCCCUUCCUGUCCCGGACCUUGACCCGGAUCGACCUGACGCACAACGAGCUCUCUGGUCCCGUCCCGCCAACCUACCUCCCUCUCUCCCUGCAAUACCUCUCGCUCUCCUGGAACCGCCUCAGUGGCCCCGUGGACCGCCUCCUGUACCGGCUCGGCCGGCUCAACUACCUGGACCUCAGCAUGAAUCAGUUCACCGGCCCAAUCCCCGGACAGGUCUUCGGCUACCCGAUCAAAACCCUGCAGCUCCAGAGGAACGCGUUCUCCGGGCUGGUUCGACCGGCCAGGUGGGUCGUGAUCCCGACCGUAGACCUCAGCUACAACAGACUAUCGGGGGAGAUACCGCCGGAGUUCUCGACCGUGCGGAGCCUCUACCUGAACAGCAACCGGUUCACGGGUCAGGUGCCGGGGAGCUUCGUGGACCGGUUGCUCGGGUCGAGCAUACGGGUCCUGUAUCUGCAGCACAACUUCCUGACGGGGAUCGAGAUCAAUCCGGCGGCAGAGAUUCCGGCGACCAGCUCGCUGUGUCUGCAGUAUAACUGCAUGGUCCCUCCCGUGCAGAGUCCCUGCCCGUCGACGGCCGGGACGCAGAAGUCUCGGCCGACGUGGCAGUGCCGCGAGUGGCGGAGGAGGAGGGGGUAAAUAUGGAAAAA